AUGUCGAAUCGGACCACCGAAAGCAUACCGUUCUACGACGUAGUCGGAUACUACGAAUGGACCCUCACACUGGCAGAUCCGCGAACGAAAGGCUGGCUGCUGGUGGAUUCUCCCGUGCCAACCCUGCUAUGUGUCUGCGGUUACCUCUUUGUCGUUUGGAUUGGCCCCAAGUUGAUGCGAGAUCGAAAGCCGUUCGAUCUCAACUCGGCGCUGAUACCGUACAACCUAGUGAUGGCCCUGCUAAAUCUGUACAUCUGCAUUCAACUGUUCGUCGGUUCGUUACAGCUAAGUUACAGCUACAUUUGCGAACCGUGCAAGCAAAGCUUCAGCGGUCCUGAAAUGAGAAUUGUUGGAGCGGUCUGGUGGUACUACUUCUCCAAGGUGCUGGAGUUUAUGGAUACGUUCUUUUUCAUCCUUCGCAAGAAAGACAAUCAGCUGACUUUUCUGCACGUAUACCAUCACAGUACGAUGUUCUCGUUCUGGUGGAUUGGCAUCAAGUGGGUGCCCAGUGGAAGUACCUUCUUGCCUGCCAUGGUGAACUCCUUCAUCCACGUCCUAAUGUACACUUACUACGGGCUUUCCGCUAUUGGGCCUCACAUGAACAAAUAUCUGUGGUGGAAAAAGUACCUCACCAUGCUUCAAUUGAUUCAGUUCACAUUUGCCAUGCUGCUCGGUAUCAACGGUAUCCUGACCGGAUGUGAAUUCCCGCUUUGGAUGCACUACACCCUGAUUGGCUACAUGAUUUCGUUCAUUGUUCUGUUUGGUAACUUCUACGCGCAGGCCUAUCUCAGAGGACAGCCAAUCAAGCAGUUUGAGAUCAAUGCAAACUGUUUGGAUCUUCGCUCGAAGAACAAAGAUGACUAA